CCGUUGUGUACCCGGAAUUGAGUCCCGUUGCCUGGUGAUAAGGGCGGGGUCAGCAGGUGACGUCGGUUCCGGGGAGCGGGCACCGGGAAGAUGGCGGACGGGUGAGAUCGGUGUGUAGCGCGGAGGAGCCGGUGCUGUGACCCGACACCAUGACACGUGACCUGGAGACACGUGACGAGCUCCCGGACUGGGCCGGAGCCAAAGAGUUCUACCAGAAGUAUGACCCGAAGGAGAUCAUUGGCAGGGGAGUCUCGAGCACUGUCCGGCGCUGUAUACACAGAGAGACGGGCCGACAGUAUGCAGCGAAGAUUAUAGAGGUAACGCCAGAGAGGAUGAGUCCAGAACAGCUACAAGAGGUGCGAAUGUCCACUGCCAAGGAGCUGGAGAUCCUACACCAAGUGUCCCAUCACCCCUCAAUCAUAACGCUAAUCGAUUCGUAUGAGUCUUCCACAUUUAUAUUCCUGGUGUUUGAUCUGAUGAAGAGGGGAGAACUCUUUGACUACUUGACAGAGAAGGUGACCCUGAGUGAGAAGGAGACAAGGUGCAUCAUGCGCUCUCUGCUGGAGGCUGUCUCUUACCUGCACGUGAAUUCCAUUGUACACCGUGAUCUGAAACCGGAAAAUAUUCUAAUGGACGACUGUCUCAAUAUCAAACUCUCGGAUUUUGGUUUCAGCUGCGUCUUAAAGCCUCCAGAGAAGUUGCGCGAGCUCUGCGGGACACCCGGAUAUCUGGCUCCAGAGAUUCUUAAGUGCUCUAUGGAUGAGACUCACCCCGGAUAUGGAAAGGAGGUGGACCUUUGGGCGUGUGGGGUGAUCAUGUUUACACUGCUGGCUGGGUCGCCUCCUUUCUGGCACAGAAGACAAAUGUUGAUGCUUCGUAUGAUCAUGGACGGGCGCUUCCAGUUCGGUUCCCCGGAGUGGGAUGACAGAUCUACAACGGUGAAAGACCUGAUCUCUCGUCUUCUUGAGGUGUCUCCAGAAAAGCGUCUCACAGCGGACCAGGCCCUCCAGCAUCCGUUCUUCCAGAGCCACCAGCGGGAGCGAGGGUGUAAGGUCACUCCGUAUCACCGCUUCCGGGUGGCCGCUUGGGCAUCCUUGGCUUGUGUGCGUAUUCUGGUCAGAUGGCGACGAGCUCGGCCAGUUACAAGUGAACUCCUUACACGGGACCCGUAUGGCGUGAAGGGCGUCCGGCGGCUUAUCGAUGCCUGUGCGUUCCGCAUUUAUGGUCACUGGGUGAAAAAGGGAGAAAGGCAGAAUCGCGCGGCGCUGUUCCAGAACCAUCCCAAAGCCCUUUUACUGACUAUGGGGGAAGACGAGGAACGAGACGGGGACCAGUAGCGGCGGCUCAGUCAUCACAGAAUGUGUAUAAUGCAGAGACUUGUGGAGAACGUAGAUCCAGACCAGCGGAAUGUCAGCGGUAUCAGGGACCACGGGCCGGAGGCAGAGAUUUGUUUCAUAAUGUCUUAGGUUCCAGAGUUCAUCCUCUUAUUGUAAAUAAAAGUGAUUUCUUUUCUGUA